AUGAUAAUUGUUUCGCAGAUCAAGAAAAUGUUUUCUCUACGUAAGUUACCCUACUAUUUUUGCGAUGAAGAAGAAAGAACAUUUUAUGACGAUUUAGAGACCAUAGAAAUCGACAUUCAACAUUGUUGUAUUGAUUUGUUGAGAUUUUUAAAAAUUGAGACAAAAUCAAAUAUUAAGAAUGACAAUAUUGAUUUAAACUAUGACGGUAAGUCUAAAGAUAGCGUAGAUAAAUGA